AAAGAAACCUGAAGAAGAGAAGGGCCAUCCUUCAGAUUCUGCAGGCCUGUGCUGUCCUCCGGGAGGUGCAUUUUGCUGAAUAGUCACUUGGUUACACUGGAGACAGCAGCAGCACCACCAUCAGCUGCAGCAGGUAUGGAAGCAGCAGUGGUGAAAGCACCAGAAGGGGCUGCUGCAGCAGUGGAAGCACCAGAAGGAACAGCAGCUGCAGCAGCAGUGAUGGAAGCACCAGAAGGAGCAGCUGCAACAGCUGUUGUGGAAGCACCAGAAGAUGCAGCUGAAGCAGCAGCAGUGAAAACACAAGUAGAUCUGAAGUCAGUAGCCAAAGCAUCAGAGAGGGUGGCAACAGCAGAAGUAGCCAAGGGGCUGCAGUCAGCAGCAGCAGAGCUAAAACACAAAAGGAGGAGUGCAAGAUUAAAGCUGAGGAGCCCCACACAGAGAGAAGAGGAGAAAGAGGUGAAGGAAGGUGAAGUGAAAUGAAAUGAAGUGCUAUUCCAUGUAAUACCAUCAGGAAGAGAACACUGUCUACAAGCAGAUCCAAUCCAACUGCUGUUUGAAUGUGGUAGGACACCAAUCACGUCCCUUUAGAGAGAGCGCAGGUCCUCGUUGAAA